CUCUUCGGCUCCACUCGGCUCUUUUCGCUGAUGCGGGCAGCGUGGGGGCCGCCGCGGCUAGAGACGCUUUCCUUUUUUUAUUUUUUUCCAUGUGUUCACUUCCGGGUCCGGCGCCGAUCCGGAUGCCUGAGGCAGAAGGAUGUUUGACCUCCGGAUAAGCGAGGCGCGCUGUGCAUUCAUUCCCGGCUGCAUCUGUGGCGACAGCAGCGGCCCGGGCGGCGACGCUUCGGCCAGAGGCGGCGCUCUGUGUCAAAUAUCAACGUGCAUCAUUGAAAAGAUAAUUUUGAAGACAUGUUUUGCUGAAAAGACAACUGAGAAAAAUUUUACGAAUGGGAUGAACACGCUUCAGUUAAUUGACUACCUACUGCAAUUUGAAUGUUAACAUUACUCAGCUGGUACAGUUACCUAGUGAUGUACCUAUUCUCACAAUACCCUAUUUCAGUGUGCUUGUCUUGAUUAAAGAAUUCAAAGUGGAGUACCGUAAACUUGAUAUGGAUAAUAAAAAGAAAGACAAGGACAAAUCAGAUGAUAGAAUGGCACGACCUAGUGGUCGAUCGGGACACAACACUCGAGGAACUGGGUCUUCAUCCUCUGGAGUUUUAAUGGUUGGACCUAACUUUAGAGUUGGAAAAAAAAUUGGAUGUGGCAAUUUUGGAGAAUUACGAUUAGGGAAAAAUUUAUACACAAAUGAAUAUGUGGCGAUAAAACUGGAGCCCAUGAAAUCCAGAGCACCACAGCUACAUUUGGAAUAUAGAUUCUACAAGCAGUUAGGAUCUGGAGAUGGUAUACCUCAAGUUUACUAUUUUGGUCCUUGUGGUAAAUACAACGCUAUGGUGCUGGAACUGCUGGGACCUAGUUUGGAGGAUUUGUUUGACUUGUGUGACCGAACAUUUUCUCUUAAAACAGUUCUCAUGAUAGCUAUCCAACUGAUUUCUCGCAUGGAAUAUGUCCAUUCAAAGAACUUGAUAUACAGAGAUGUAAAACCUGAGAACUUCUUAAUAGGACGACCAGGAAAUAAAACCCAGCAAGUUAUUCAUAUUAUAGAUUUUGGUUUGGCAAAGGAAUACAUUGAUCCAGAGACAAAGAAACACAUACCAUACAGAGAACACAAGAGCCUUACGGGAACAGCUAGAUAUAUGAGCAUAAACACACAUUUAGGAAAAGAACAAAGUAGAAGAGAUGACUUAGAAGCUUUAGGUCAUAUGUUCAUGUAUUUUCUGAGAGGCAGUCUUCCUUGGCAAGGUUUAAAGGCUGACACAUUAAAAGAGAGGUAUCAGAAGAUUGGAGAUACAAAACGAGCCACACCAAUAGAAGUGUUAUGUGAAAAUUUUCCAGAAGAAAUGGCAACAUAUCUUCGUUAUGUAAGAAGGCUAGAUUUUUUUGAAAAACCAGACUAUGACUACCUAAGAAAGCUUUUUACUGAUUUAUUUGAUCGAAAAGGAUAUAUGUUUGAUUAUGAAUAUGAUUGGAUUGGUAAACAGUUGCCGACUCCAGUGGGGGCAGUUCAGCAAGAUCCUGCUCUGUCAUCAAACAGGGAAGCACAUCAACACAGAGAUAAGAUGCAACAAUCCAAAAACCAGUCGGCAGACCACAGGGCAGCUUGGGACUCCCAGCAGGCAAAUCCCCACCAUUUGAGAGCUCACCUUGCAGCAGACAGACAUGGUGGCUCGGUACAGGUUGUAAGUUCUACAAAUGGAGAGUUAAACACAGAUGACCCUACUGCAGGACGUUCAAAUGCACCCAUCACAGCUCCUACGGAAGUAGAAGUGAUGGAUGAAACCAACUGCCAGAAAGUGUUGAACAUGUGGUGCUGCUGUUUUUUCAAACGAAGGAAAAGGAAAACCAUCCAGCGCCACAAAUGACUCUGGACACAGACAGAUCACGGGGAACUACUUAUGUGUUCAUCUGCUGUCUUGUGAUUAAAAUCAUCUCCGUAGUGACCACAUAUAUUUUCAAGGACCCACUCUUAGAAACAAAAAUGUCAUACUUCCAUACUUCAUUUUGUGGUUGUCUUCAUAUUUUUUUUUCUAAUUUAACUUUUAUGGAAGCUUUAAAAUUUUGUCAAAACAUGAGUGCUUUGCCCAUCAGUGAAUGGAAUGGACCAACGAGGUAGUACUGAUGAAAACAGUUCUAUAGAACAUUUUUCAGAAGCUCUCCUCCUGUCGUAGAAAGCAGUACAGUAUCUAUAAUGUCAACCAGUUAUAUACCUAAUCUGUUUUUUUUUUUAUAACUUCUAUAGGAGCAUAAUCAAAUAAGAAGUUUCUCCCCAGUGGAUAAUGCAACAGAGAAAACAGAGUUGCCCAAAUAUUUAAAAGUUAUUCCUUGAGAAGUUCAUUUUUGGUGUGACAUCUGCAUUGAUAUCAGUAUUACUGAUGAUGGUACUGCUAUUCGUGAGUCAUAUUAACAUUCUGUGAAAUCAUGGUACAGUCACUGCCCAGAGGUACUGAGGCAAAAAGCUCUGUGGGUUCGGCAGAUGGUAGUGGUCGAAUGAAUCACAACGUGGUAAAUAUGAGCUCUGCUUUUGUUGCACCACUAUGUGAAGCGCAGUGUUGCCGAAGUGGCAAAAGCGCUUAUUUUAUAAAAUGCAAAAUACUCGUAUAAUGUAACUUUAUGCUUCCAGAUAAUAAUGUAUACUCGACAGCAAGAGAUGAAUACUUUGAGAAAUGAGAUAUGUUGGAGUUUUUUUUUUUUUUUAAUACACUAAAAAAAAGAAAUAAAUGUGAAUCUCAUUGCAAGGUAAAAGCUGAAGUCUAAGGAGAUCCCGCUGAAACCUACUGCUGAAUGAUUCCAUUCUCCCGAAAGCAGAAAACUUUGGAUGUGCCAUGCAAUGGUGUCUGUUUAUUAAUUAUUUGCCCUUUGGUAAAAAAAAUCCCCAGCAAUAAAAACUGGGUCACUUUGUUGCCCUCUGUGCACAUUAGUCUCUUGUAUUCAACUUUGCUGGUUCUCUGGAAUUUUCCUACUUUUUAGCAUAAUUUUGAUGAUUGAAAACUAUUUUGGAGAGGAUGGGUCAGGUGCUUUGCCUCCGUAGUCAUUCGAAGUGCCUGCAUAUGAACAAAGUAAUGGUUUUGUAAAAAAGGAAACCCGUUCCACUUUUCAGCUAUCCUUUGUUUUAAGCCAUAAAAACACAGGUAUACUUUUGUCAUAUUCUUCCAGCCAGAAUUUUCAAGAAGAGUUAAAACAAAAAGACUGGUUAGAAAGAUAAUUAAAUUGUUAAAAUCUCAUGUUCACCUUUCAUUUAUAAAAUUGUUACUUCUUCCAUGCAGCCCUUUCUUUGUCUCUAAGUUUGUGCCUCCAGGCACACUUAUUUAUUUUUUUGUCUCAAGGUAACAUUUAAAAUGUGUAAUUAAAGUAAAUAAAUCUACAUUUUUGACUUCAUUAUUGCAUUUACAGGGAUUUAAUUGUACUUUGUAAUUUAUUUUUCUUAUUAGCCAAAAGUUCAAUGCAUUGUUUUUGAUGAAUUAGACACCCAUAUGAAUACUGCAAAUCGGACAUUGUUUAUCAUUGUUGCUCUUAAUCCUAUGAAUGAUCUUUUUUAAGUUCUUGAUUUUAAAGGCCUACACUCAGCCUAGAAUACAUUUGCUGUAUAAUUUGGUCAACUGUUUCCAUCUUAUCUAUUUGUAUACUGUCAUGAUGUCUUAAAUUACAGGAGUCACAUACUGAAUUGUUAUUUUUGUUUGCUUCGUUGCAAGGUAGAUGGAUGUUUUGGCCAUUAUAAUGUGAAACCACUUCUUUCUUUACAGUAUUUGACCAAAUUUGUGUGUCUAUGAUAUUUGUAAAUACAUGCGAUAUCUGUAUUUCUUAUAAGCCUAUUUAGUUUUAUUCUCAGUAGGGUUUUUGGAUUGUACAGUGUUUAUAUGAUCUGAACUCCUUAUACAUAAGAAGGUGUGUAUAUUAAUUCAAUUAUGGACUUAAAAUAUUUUAAAAGUAUAAAUACCCUUAUUUGCUGCAAAGACCAGUGUGUAGACAUUUGCUUUUUAGCAAUAUUUUUAAGUGCUCCAUUUUAAUGCCAAGAAAUAAAUCUUUUGGCAACACAAACUGGUCAAUAAUAGGUAAUGCAGGUAUGUUCAGGUUAAGCCAACAACGUUUUGCAUUUUUAUGCUUCUUUUCUGUCAACACUAAUGUCAACAUUGCCUGAAUGUCUGAAUAAUGAAACACACCCCUGUUUAAAAGUAUGUAACUGAAAAAGAAAUAAAAAAUAAAGGUAGUUUUUUUAAACUUG